CUGAAGUGUUGAAAAAGAGUUUCAAUUUCACUCUAAAUGUUAAUCCUUAAACCGGAACAAAAGAAGCGGAUGUUGGGCGCGAUACCAGAUGACACGAAUGGAAAAACCUUUGAAACUAUCGAUUCAAUUCUUUUUUUUGCUCUCAAUACUAUCUCCUCAACACAACCUCCUCUUCAUUCACACAGCCCUCGCUGAUGGCGUCACUUCUCUUGAAGCCAAACUUCUCCGGGACGAGGUUCGUGAAAUGUUUUAUCAUGCUUUUGAUGGAUACAUGGAACAUGCUUUUCCACUUGACGAAUUAAGGCCUCUAUCAUGUGAAGGAGAAGAUACACUAGGUGGAUAUGCCUUGACUCUGAUUGACUCCUUGGAUACAUUGGCUCUACUUGGUGAUCGAGAGCACUUCACUUCCUCUGUUGAAUGGAUUGGUAAAAACCUUCGGUUUGAUAUAAAUAAAACGGUGUCUGUCUUUGAGACUACCAUCCGGGUCCUUGGAGGUUUACUCUCUGCUCAUCUUAUUGCAAGUGAUUAUGCUACGGGUAUGAGAAUCCCAUCAUAUGACAAUCAAUUGCUUGCAUUAGCUGAGGAUCUUGCUCAGCGAAUCUUGCCUGCAUUUGACACUCCAACAGGAAUUCCAUUUGGGUCUGUCAAUCUGUUGCAUGGAGUUGACGAACAUGAAAGCAAGAUAACUUCUACUGCUGGUGGGGGGACUUUGACCUUGGAAUUCGGGGUGCUUAGCCAGUUAACAAACAACCCUAUUUAUGAGCAAGUUACAAAGAAUGCUGUGCGUGGAUUAUGGGCGCGUCGUUCAAGACUGAACUUAGUUGGUGCUCAUAUUAAUGUAUUUACAGGUGAAUGGACACAAAAGGAUGCAGGAAUAGGAACAAGUAUUGAUUCUUUCUAUGAGUAUCUCUUAAAGGCUUAUAUGUUAUUUGGAGAUGAGGAGUAUUUGUUCAUUUUCCAAGAAGCUUAUACGGCUGCUAUGCACUAUCUUUAUAAUGAUCCUUGGUAUGUAGAGGUAAAUAUGGAUUCUGCUGCUAUUGUUUGGCCAUUAUUUAACAGUCUUCAGGCAUUCUGGCCAGGCCUUCAGGUUUUAGCAGGAGACAUUGAACCCGCUAUUCGAACACAUGCUGCUUUCUUUAGUGUCUGGAGAAGAUAUGGUUUCACUCCAGAAGGUUUUAAUCUUGCUACUCUAAGUGUUCAGCAUGGGCAGAAGAGUUACCCACUCCGUCCAGAGUUGAUAGAAAGCACAUAUUGGCUUUACAAAGCAACCAGAGAUCCCAGAUAUCUUGAUGCUGGGAGGGACAUGGUUGCCAGCUUGCAAUAUGGAGCUCGCUGCCCAUGUGGAUAUUGUCACAUAUCGGAUGUGGAAUUUCACAAGAAAGAAGAUCACAUGGAGAGCUUUUUCCUUGCUGAAACAGUCAAGUAUCUGUGGCUUCUUUUUGAUUUGGCUUCGGGUCCAGAUAACCUUGUAGAAAAUGGGCCAUACAAGUACAUUUUCACAACUGAAGGGCACUUACUGCCUACAACUCCCCAGAUAUCUAUGGUAGGCGAACAUUGUUCAUAUUUUGGUGCUUACUGUAAAAGUGGUGGCAACGAACAGGAAUCUCCUAAAUCUGAUGUUUCAUUGAAUCCCCAAGGAACGAAUGCUAGUACAUCAUAUGGAGGUCAAGUUCAUACUGGGUAUCCAUUAGAUUCCACUUUUUUCGAGUCAACUGCUACAUCAGGAUUGAUGAAGGGGAUUUGUCCUGGAUUAACUCAUGGACAAAAAUAUGGCAUAUCAUACGUGGACUUGAUUGAUACAGCUCAGGAGGAUAAGUCCACCCACCAAAGUGAGAAUGCAGCUAAGAGCCAUUCCCCUCGGGUUGUAUCUGAUCAAACUGCUGGUAGUUCUCUUUCUAAUAACAAUGAUCGCGGUGGGAAUGUUCACGAAUCAAGUGAAAGAGGGUCAGAGUGAACCAUCUCAAAAAUUUACAAGUCCCUUAUAGUUGAAGCUGCAGCCAAAUAAUUAUGAGCCUAUAUUCACGUCCCAACCAUCUUUUGCUGGGAAAUCGGAAAUAGCAGUAGACAAAUGGCGGGCGUUGCUGACCAAUUAAACUGGAUCUCAGUUUUUAAUUGAAGCCUAAAAUUGUUUGAUGUUUCUGCUUGGGACUGCUGGUGUUAAUUGAUAUCUUUUAAGAGGCAAUUGUUGAUAAAUUGUGGAGCCCGCGGGAAGGACUUUGAAGCAGCAUUAUCUCUCGUUGAUGCUCAUGUUGCCCAGACGAAUGCAGAUGCUGGAACUAUACUUGAUUGCUUUAGUCAUUUGUAACUAAGACCUGUGUACAUUGUACUUAAAUUGAUCGCAGCUCAUCAGCUUAGUGUUAGUCUACAUUCAUUCUGAAGUGAACCGUUGGUACUAGGUAGAAGUAAUUCUGAUUCCAAGACUAAUACUUUGGUGCCAUCGUCGUAGAGGCAGGACAUUCUCAUUCAAACAAGUAGAGCAUGGAGAUUGUUUAGUGGAGAUGGAGCCUACUUUUUCAAAUUUCAAAUUGAUGUUUAUUUGCCACAUCUUUAUUAAUUUACAAGCUAUCAAUUGCUAUCUUCAUAAAUUCAUGGGUA